AUGCUGAAGUGUUAUAAAGUAGCUCCUAAAGAUACCAAAGCAGACCUGAAACGUUGUCUUAAAGAAAGAAGUAUUUUCAAAGUUGAUUAUAAAGAUAAUGUAAGCUACAGGAACGCUGCGAAGUGGCGUAAGAAAUCAACUCGUAAUAUAAGUAAAACAAUGACAUCAGCAAUUGCUACUAGUGAAAGAAGAAUUAUAACAUCUGCAAUUGCAACUUUAAUUUACCAAGAUCAAAGUUAUUUAGAAAAUGGCAUUGCUUUUGAUGACCUAAUCCGAGUAGCAGCUUCUCAAGAAUCCAGAUAUACAAGAAAACAGCUUGAAACUAUAGUUAAUAAAGAAUUAUCAUCAGGAAGUCUUGUAAAGUUACCAAAUGGAACCUUAGCUUUAGGACCAGCUGAUCCUGAUGGUGACAGUUCUGAUAGUUUCAAGUUUGAAUACAAUGACUCUAAUACAAAGAUGACAUCGUCAGCUAAUUCAUCAUGUAGAUCAUCUCCACAGCGAAUGAGAGGCAGGCCAAAAAAGCAUCAUGGCACCACAUCUAGCAAUAGUCAAAUAAUCAAUAAUCAAAAUUCUGGAGUAAGAGUUGGUGAAAGAAGAAAAAUGGCAAAAAAAGUAUUUGACCCUUCUGACAAUAAUGUGCCUAGUAAACGUAAAAGGGGAAGGCCUGUAGGUUCACUGAAUAAAAGUACAAUAAAGAAGCGAUUAAUGAUAGCUAGUCAUCAUAAGAAUGAAAAGGAAGGCACACCUCUAUCUGAAAGCCAAUUGUCACUAGAUGGAAGUGGAGAAGAGAUAGAAUCAGAAGAGCCAAUCUCUCAUGAGACUUCUGGAGGUGUUUGUUCUGUUUGUCUGAUUCUAAAGCCUAGAGGCUCUAAUGAUAGACUAGUGGAAUGUCGGGAUUGUAACAACAAAGCUCACUUAAGUUGUCUCCAAUCAGGUUCUGGCAUUCUGAAACCACGGCCUGAUAAUACAUGGCAAUGUCCACAUUGUAAAACUUGUGUUGUUUGCUAUGAAACAAAUGAUGCAGGUAUCUUAACAGUAUGUAAUAUUUGUUCUGAUGCUUAUCAUGCACUUUGUCAUUCACCACGCAUACCAGAACGGCUAAAAGCUUGGGAUCAGUGGGAGUGCAACAACUGCCUUGAGUCCCGUCCAACUAUUGUUGGUUCUCCAGCCAUUAUUCCUUCUAAUAUUGAAUAUCAUUCAGAAUCAUCCACAUUGGAUCCAUUCCUAAAACCUCAUGAAUUGGACAGAGCACCAACAAAAUUAUCAAAAGAAGUUCCAAUAGAUCCAAAUAUACCAGAUAUAAGUAACUGGACUACAGAAGAUGUGUAUGGUUAUUUCUUGGAACAUUUUCCUGAAGCUGCACCAAUUUUAAAAGAACAGGAGUUUGACGGACAAGCAAUAAGUAUGGCUAGGAGAGCAGAUAUAGUUAGAGGUUUAGGACUUCCACUUGGCCCUGCACUUGCACUAUACCGGAUUGUAGUGAAACUACAAACAAGGAAAGAUGAUUGGACUAUGUGCUGGGGAUAA